AUGCAGGGCCUCGUCGCUGCGGGAGUGCCCGCUCUGACUUACGACCCCGUCAAGCAGCGCUACAUCGACGUGAACGGUCGCGAGUAUCUGCCGGACGAGCUGGAGCAGGACGACGACGAGUUGGAGUUUGACUCAUCCUCCCAAGGCUCCUCAGACGAGACGUCGACUGUUACUUGGAUCUCGCUGGUGCCCUUCUGGAAGGAAGCUCUGGAGAUGGUUCUCGACGUCGAGCCAGAAGAGGAUUCCUCAAAGAUCCCCGAUGUGUCAAUCGUUGAGUCAUCAGCGGAACUCCUCUACGGUCUCGUCCAUCAGCGGUUCAUUCUGACGAAGCCUGGUCUCGUCAUGAUGGUGGAGAAGUACGAGGCGGGGCACUUUGGGAUUUGCCCUCGUGUCUUCUGUCAUGCUACGCAUGUCCUGCCCUGCGGCCGCUCCGACAUGCCCGGAAUCGACACCGUCAAGCUCUACUGCCCCAACUGCGGUGACAUCUACACCCCUCCUAGCAGCAAGUACCAGCAGGUCGACGGCGCCUUCUUCGGCACAUCAUUCGCUCCCCUCUUCUUCCAGACAUACCCCGAGCUUCUGUCUGCUCCCUUCGCCCCUGCUUCUCCGGGCUCCUCAGCACCUUCGCGUGACCGACACAUGUCCCCGGACCCUUCGCGCGUCGGAGGCGAGACCCUCACCAACCCGAACCCGCACGGCGGACAACGGCCGGCGCUCGGCAAGGUGUACGUUCCCCGCAUCUACGGCUUCAAGGUCUCCGAGCGGGCCCGUAGUGGUCCGCGGAUGCGUUGGCUGCGUGAGCGACCAGAACGCUACGAUGAGCUGGAGAUGGUCGACCACAGGGGUCGUUGGAAGGAUGGAAGCGCGCCCCAGGAUGUCGAGGUUGGCGGCAAGCCGGCCAAGACUCGUGAUGGGCGUCUGUUCGACGACGACGAUGACGAGGACGACGACGAAGAGGAGGAAGAGGAGGAGGAGGACGCUCCGGCAGGUGGAGCUCCCGUUGCGACGACACGUAGAUAG